CCCUUGUUAGCCGUGGUUCUAUGAGGUUAGCUCGGAGCUAAAGCUAAAAACAGUGAGUGAAAUGUCUGCGGGAGGACACGGCCGCUGCUCACAGCUCCACCACUUCCAGUCAUCGUGCAAUGCAUCCUGGGAAGGAUCCUCUGAAAAAAUGUCCAGAUGCCCUCCCCGAGUUGUGGUCCUGGUCUGAACCAGGAAAUCCCAGAGACACCACAGAUUAAAGAGGAGCCAGAGGAACAGAGCAUCAAACAGGAGGAAGAGCAGCUGCCAGUGUGUGUCCCAGAGUCCACAGCUUCAGAGGCACAUUUACACAUGGAGCACUCUUCUGCCACUCGCAGUGAUGAAGACUGGAGAGGUCUAUUGAGCUGUUCAGCUGAUGGAGACUGCUACAACCAAGUCCAGAUCAGAAAACAGAAGCACCUUACAGCUGUUCAGACCGUGUCCAGAUGUUCUUCCUGAGACCUGGUCCAGGUCUGAACCAGGAAAUCCCAGAGACUCCACAGAUUAAAGAGGAGCCAGAGGAACACAGCGUCAAACAGGAGGAAGAGCAGCUGCCAGUGUGUUUCUCAGAGUCAAGUGCCACUGUGAAUAAUGGAGUCAUGUCUGAAACAGCCGAAGGAGCUGAAGGCAAGAAACACCAGUGUCCUUUUUGUGGAAGGAGAUUUGGAACAAGAGAUCACUUACAGAGACACAUCAGAAUCCACAUGGGAGUGAAACCUUACAGCUGUUCAACCUGUACGAAAACAUUUACCCUUAAGGCGACAUUAGAUGCACAUAGAAGAAUACACACAGGAGAAAAACCAUUCAGCUGCCCAACCUGUAAAAAAUCAUUCUCCCAUAAAGGCUCACUAGAUACACACAUGAGAACCCACACGGGAGAAAGACCUUAUGGAUGUUCAAUGUGUGACAGAACAUUUGCCGACAAGUCUACUCUCAGGAUACACAUGAAAACACACACAGGAGAAAGACCUUACAGCUGUUUUAUUUGUAAGAAAGGAUUUAUCAGAGGCCGUGACCUGUUUAUUCAUAUGAGGACACAUUCAGGUGAAAAACCAUUCAGUUGUUCUACUUGUGGUAAAUGUUUUGCAAAAUACCUCACCCUCAAACUACAUACAAGAUCACACACAGGAGAAAAACCAUUCAGCUGUUCAAUCUGUAAGAAGUCAUUUAGUCAAAAGAGCAGCCUAGAUAGACAUGCAAGAACUCAUACAGGUGAACGACCUUACAGCUGUUCAAUGUGUAAAAAAACCUUUACUUUAAAGUGUAAUCUAAAAAUACAUAAAAGAACUCACACUGGAGAACGACCUUACAGCUGUUUAGUGUGUAAUAAAGCAUUUGCUGAGCAAACUAGUCUAAAGACACACAUGAAAAGGCACACAGGAGAAAGACCCUACAGCUGUUCAACCUGUCAUAAAACAUUUACUGACAAAGCUAAUCUUAACAGACAUGAAAUGACACAUAAAGGUGAAAAACCCUUCAGCUGUUCUACAUGUAACAAAACAUUUUCUCAAAAGAGUAGCCUUAAAAUCCAUCAAAGAACACACACAGGAGAAAAACCUUACAGCUGUUCAACCUGUAACAAAACAUUUGCAGAGAACUCUACUCUCAGGAAACACAUGGAAAUACACACAAAAGAAAAACCUUAUAGCUGUUCAGUCUGUAAGGAAGCAUUUAGAUUCAAGGGACAUCUAGAUAAACACAUGCGAAUCCACGUAUUUGAAAAACCUUACAGCUGUUCAUUCUGUCAAAAAGCUUAUGCUCUUAAGAGUAGUCUAGAUCGACACAUAAGAACUCACACAUGAAGAAAAGGGUUCACAGAAACAUCUGGUCUAACACCUGGUCUCAAACACAAACUGUUGAGCUGUUCAGAGCGUGACUGAUGCUUUACUGCCAUGUUCACGAGUGUUCUCAAGAGUCUAGGGGGAGUCUUUUUUUACAUUUUGAUUUAAUAUUUCCAGUUUUUGUUAUUAAAAGGUCUCUGUAUGCUUUUUUCGAGUCUGUAUGUUCCAGGUAACAAUUACAGUUAUAAAAUCAUAUGACUGUGAUGACUUGACUAUGAAAAAUAAUCACAAUUAGUUGAUUGAUUGUUGCAGCCCUGUUUAAUAUCAUCACCUGUAUAUAUAAACAGACAUAGCUAACGCACUAGUCACUGUGUUCCUGAGAGGAGGUUUGCAUGGAGGUGCCUCUGACUCUGGCUCCCACUGACUUCCAUUGGAAUAUUGUGACUCCUCUCUCUGUACCUGCUGCUGUGAGCCUCGUCAUUUUGGGUCUUAACAUGUUCAUAUUAACCUGUUCUACAUGAUCCUUGUGUUUUUAUUUCACUGUUUUGUGCAUUAAUAAAUUCCUAUUCUUAAUAUGAAGCUAUAUAUCUCUGUACAGUCUGGGCCUAGUGUUUAAGUGAAAUAAAA